AUGCGUCUACGAUACCUAGCGAUCAGUUUAUUGAUUUCACUAGCAGCGAUAAAAUGCCACGCACAAGACGAGAAUUCAGAAGAUGUGUUCGACAAACCACUCUCUAAAGAUCAGACGACACCGUCUGGCACGCUGCCAGAUGAUUUUCCAUUGGCUGUGCCGCAGGAGGAGUUGAUGAAUGAGGGAUCGGAUACCUUCGAAACGAGUACCGAAAUGAUUGAAAUCUCGUCAAACGACACUUCUCUUGAAGUGAAUCCCAUCCAGAAGACGUCAGUAUUCUCGCCAAUAACCCAAUUGGACGGAGGAGUUUUCAACUUCUCAAAAGCGACAAUCGAAGACGACUCUCAAGAGGAUAUGGACGAUUCAACGGAAUUUCAUACGACACUGACGACUACAAUGGAGACGUCAACGGAUUCGGAGUCUUCUGAUGACUCUACGACGACGACUACUCCAAUUGAUGUUAUCACAUUCAGUUCACUUCCAAUUGAACGGGAUGAAGUGGCUGAUCGACGGGUUUUAAAGGAGAAGGAAAUGGCAACGGCGACUAGAUUGGCCACCACGACACCAGCUCCAUCAGCUGUAAGCGAUCCAUCAGAAUCAGAAGACGAAGGUGAGACUCCAUUUGAUCAAAGUGCACUGGAAGGACUUUUUGAACAAGAUGGAAGUGUAAUUGACACUUCUUUGACAACUGACCAGACUCCAGCAUUCCCAAUUCUAAAAAUGGCCGAAGAAGAUUCGAAAAUCCUCUCGAAUAUUCCCAAAAAGAUGGUCACAGAGGUGUCGAGUACGUUAGAAAGCACUCAGGGAACGUCUGCUGCUACUGAGACUACUGUAGGAUCCACGGAAACCACACAAAUUGCCUCAUCUGAAUCCACAAUCCAAGAAACAGAAGCCACCACGCAAUCAACAGAAUCUGCGUCUGAAUCCACGACGUCUUCAGAAUCCACAACUUCCUCAGAAGACGUCACGACUUCCGAAGAAGAACUUUCAACGAUUCCAGCUCUCAAAAAUUCGUCAAAAGUGUUUCUACCAGCGAAAUCUAUUCGAACUCCAAUCGUUUUUCGAAUUUUGUCUUUGGAAUUCACCGAAGAAUUUAAUGAUAUUCAAACUGGACCAUCGAAGAAAUUGGCAAAGGAUUUGAUACCUUCAAUCGCUGAAUUCGUAAAUUCCAUUUCUGGCGAUGGCAACUUUGUGAACAUGGAAAUCCGUACAUUGACAAAGGGAUCGGUUAUCAUUGGAGCAGAUUUGCUGACCCGGAAAUCAUUGGGCGACGCUCAAUUGGCUGUUGAUUUAUUGGAAGCCGCGUUUUCCCGAAACAACUCCAUGAUUGCUGACUACAAAAUUGACACGUUAAGUAUCACAAUUGAUGGAAUGACAUCUCAAGCAUACAUUGAUUCGAUUUCCACACAAACGUCUUCAUAUUCCCUAUCUUCGCUGAUGAUUGCAAUUAUCACUUUUGCGCUAAUUAUCAUUUUUGGUCUGGCUCUUUUCAUUAUUAUGAUCACUACCAAACGACGACGUCAGUCAACAAUGAAACUGAGCAUGGAUGAUACAAUUCGAAGCAGCACACCGGAUUCAGAUGACACGCCACAUAACGUGCAUUUAAUGUCCUACGGUACCACACCUCGUCCAUCCUCUCAAAAACCGGGACCAAUCACAAAAAUGCAAAUCGACGAGACUCAAUCGCCUAUGUAUUGA